CCGGGGGGUUUUUUUCUGGCUGGCUGCUGCCAAACUGCACGAAAAAAUAAAAGCACCACCUUCUUUUCCCUCUCAACUCCUCUUUUUGUUAUUCUAAAUUUGCACUGUUUAUUUUUUCUUACACUUUCCCUGCUUGACAGCCCGGCAUAGUUCCUUAUUGCAUCGUCUGCAUCAGCCAGCACUGCAACACGCUUUUUAUUUUUUUAUAUUUUUACUUUGCCCUAUUUUCUUUAAGAACCCUCAUAUAACCCCUCACACACACGCACAUAAGCACGCACAUACACAGCCCUUAGAAGCUUUGAAUUCUACAACUCUAGUAUGCCAAUGGGUGAACCUUUUAAAGAGCCGCGUUAUGCCAAGCUUGAUAAGGUUGGCGAGGGCACAUAUGGCGUGGUGUACAAAGCUCGCGAUUUGAAAGAGGGAGGAAUUGUCGCAAUGAAGAAAAUUCGUUUGGAGGGCGACGACGAGGGCGUCCCUUCAACGGCUAUCCGGGAGAUAUCCUUGCUCAAGGAGCUGCAGCACGAUAAUAUUGUCAGGCUGCUGGAUAUCGUCUACGAUGACUACAAGCUGUACUUGGUCUUUGAGUUUUUAGAUCUCGAUUUGAAAAAAUACAUGGACAGCGUGGGUCCCGCAGGUCUUUCGCCCGUACAAGUGAAGAGUUAUAUGCACCAGCUUGUUAAGGGCAUUGCAUUCUGCCAUACUCACCGUACUCUGCAUCGCGAUCUCAAGCCGCAGAAUCUGCUGAUUGAUCAGAACGGCAUGCUCAAAAUUGCCGAUUUCGGACUCGGACGGGCCAUUGGCGUGCCUCUGCGUGUGUAUACCCACGAGGUUGUGACACUGUGGUACAGGGCGCCCGAGAUUCUAAUGGGCUCGCGCCAAUACUCCCUUGCAAUGGACAUGUGGUCGAUCGGCUGCAUCUUUGCCGAGAUGGUGCGGCGCAGGCCUCUGUUCCCCGGCGACUCUGAAAUCGACGAGAUUUUCAAGAUUUUCCGCAUUCUGGGCACGCCCACUGAUAAGGUGUGGCCCGGCGUUUCUAUGCUGCCUGACUACAAGCCAAGCUUUCCCAAAUGGCAGGCCAAGGAUCUGGCAGAACUCCUUCCGGGGUUAGAUGCCGAUGGAAUCAAUCUCCUUAAGCGCAUGCUGAUAUACGACCCCACACGUCGCAUAUCUGCCAAGCAAGCGCUGGCACACCCUUACUUCAACGACAUCAAGAAGUAGGCGGCUAUUCAUGAACCAUGCUCUUGAACCUUCAUAUUUCUAUUUAGUAUAGAAAACGACCUUAU